GUGCCUACAGUGUCAUCAUCACCAUUCCAGAAGUUGUCCAGUCUGUGGUCUAUGGUGAUACCCCGAGCUGCUGCUGCUGCUGCUGUUGGAGGACCGACGUUCAGCCAGUCAAUAUCAAGGACACCCCGGGACUCGCCCACUCACAGCCGAACCGAGCCCCACCGGGUCCGGCCGAACCCCCGAACACAGCCCCGGUUUUGAGUCGUGACCUCAGUUCGCCUCCUCCACUCUUCUUCUUCUUCCUCGGCAGCAGACAUGCCUCCAGCGCUGGGUGGGCCUGUGGGCUGCGAGCCUCCUGAAGGGGGCUGGGGCUGGGCGGUGGUGGUGGGCGCCUUCAUCUCCAUCGGCUUCUCCUACGCCUUCCCCAAAUCCAUCACCGUGUUCUUCAAAGAGAUCGAGGUCAUCUUCGACGCCACACCCAGCCAGGUGUCAUGGAUCUCCUCCAUCAUGCUGGCUGUCAUGUACGCUGGAGGUCCAAUCAGCAGCAUCCUCGUGAACAAAUAUGGCAGUCGACCAAUCAUCUUAGUCGGAGGCUGUCUGGCCAGCACCGGGCUCAUCUUGGCGUCAUUCUGCAACACGGUGGGGCAGCUCUACUUCUGCAUAGGAGUAGUGGGAGGUUUGGGUCUAGCGUUUAACUUGAACCCCGCCCUCACCAUGAUCGGUAAAUACUUCUACAAGCGCCGUCCCAUCGCCAACGGCAUCGCCAUGGCGGGCAGCCCGGUGUUCCUCUCCACCCUCGCCCCGCUCAACACCUGGCUGUUCGACCAGUUCGGGUGGAGGGGCAGCUUCCUGAUCCUCGGGGGACUCCUGCUCAACUGCUGCGUGGCCGGCGCCCUCAUGCGGCCCCUCAGACCCUCGCCCCAAAAAGCCAAGCCCGACGCAGAGGCCAGCGAGGUGAAAGCCGCGGAGCCAGUCGCGCCGCAGCAGAAGAAGACCGUCAUGCAGACCAUCAACUCCUUCAUCGACCUGACGCUGUUCCAACACCGCGGCUUCCUGCUCUACCUCAUGGGGAACGUGGUCAUGUUCUUCGGCCUCUUCGCGCCGCUCGUCUUCCUCUCUAACUACGCCAAGAGUAAGGACAUCACCAAAGAGAAGGCGGCCUUCCUGCUGUCCGUGCUGGCCAUCGUGGACAUGGUCGCCCGGCCCUCCAUGGGCAUGCUGGCCAACACCAAGUGGGUCCGGCCCAGGAUUCAGUACUUCUUCGCCACCGCCGUGCUCUAUAACGGCGUGUGCCACGUGCUGGCGCCGCUCUCCGUGGACUACACCGGCUUCGUGGUGUACGCCAUCUUCUUCGGGUUUGCGUUCGGCUGGCUGAGCGCCGUGCUGUUUGAGACGCUGAUGGACCUGGUGGGACCGCAGAGGUUCUCCUCCGCCGUGGGGCUGGUCACCAUCGUGGAGUGUGGGCCGGUGCUGCUCGGACCACCGCUGACAGGAAGUUUCUAUAACUACUACGCGCACUAUGACUACACCUACAUCUCCUCCGGCAUCAUCCUCAUCGUCGCCAGUGUGAUCCUCUUCGUGGGAAUGACCAUCAACUACCGCAUGCUGGCGCGGGAGAAGAAGGAGGAGGAGAGGAGAGAGAGGGACGAGCCUAAGGAGGAGCUCACCGCCAUGUUGGCGCCUCCUUCUCCGUCAAAAUCUGACGAGUUGGCGGAGAAGAAAGCACCAGAGGCCGUCGCGCUGGAGAACGUGGCCAGGAUGGACGAGGACACGGUGUAGAUUUUUUAAUUUUUUAAAACAGACUCAAGAAGGACGCACACGCUUCACAGAAACCGAAACCCACGCCGUUUUUAUAGAGAGGUAAAUCCCUGAAGCCAUAGACACCUAAGUUUAUCUUUGGAAACAGAGACAGCUGCUGUGACGUGAGCUCGCCAAGGAGCUUUCACCGAGUCCUUUUGGCGCCUCUGGUGACCUCGAGUCCUCCAGGAGCUCACAGACUCUAACACACCAGCUAAACGUUAUACGAACACCUGAUAGACGCACAGCAGACAGAAUGACUGUAAGAUAACAUUUUAGGAUACUAAUCUCAGGGUGCCAUUACGGUUUAGAACCUCACACACAAACAUGCAUGAUAUCCACACAAACUUUUUGGUGUAGUUUCCUGGCAUUGCUUCACUCCUGCAGGGCUGGACAUAAAUGAAAGGACACGUUUAUAUCACAGUAGAGCUGUUCAAAAAAUUUACAAUUUGGGAGAAAUACGUCCAGAAGUCAUAUUUUUAACUCUUAGAAACAAAUAAAUGGGAAACUAAGGAGGUUAAAUGUAGGUACAUUGAGAGGUCUGAAGGGUCACACUGAUAGCAGUUUAGGAGCCACUGUUAACGGUGUGCUUGUACUUAAAUGUGUGCACUUUGUGUGUGUGUGUGUGUAGUUUUGUGUCACAGCCUAGAACCGGAGCAGCUCAUCAUGCGUUGCCGUAUUGAUAAAGACACAUUCGAACAAAGCGCUCACACAGUGGCUCCCCGCAGACUCUCCUGCCGAGUGACCGGCACUCACAGUAUUACAUGACAUCUCACACUGUUUUUUUGGGGGGGGGAUAAUGGUUGUGUGUAUUCCAGAUCUAUUGGUUUACAGGGUGUGUGUGUGUAUCUGCCCGGUUGUGCUGCCAAAAUAGGAAAAUACAAUUAUGGAGAUUAUACACAAUCCUAUUUUUUUAUCAUUGUGAAAUAAAGUAGUACCGGAUAGCGUUGUUUUUAAAAUGUGAAUAACACUUUGUAGUUAAAUCAACAAACCUUUGUAAUUUUAAAGAUAAUAUAUGUUAGCUUACUGUUCAAUACAGCGGUGUGUUAGGGCCAUUGUACGUAAAUAAACAGGAAAUAAAUUCAGGUAUUUUUGAAGAUUA